AUGGAUGAAUUUCAUCGCGGCAUGGACGAGCUACAACGCGGCAUACAAAACAUGCAGAGAAACAUGCCGAAGAGUGGAGCAUCCAUUGAGAUAACAAAUAACCAUUACAUACUGCAGGUUUAUCUUAAUGGCUACGAGGACAAAGACAUUGAGGUAAAGUCGAAACCAGGCUGGGUGAUGAUAAAAGCCAUCCACAGAGACCAAAAUGGAAAGGACAGGAAUUAUUUGGAGAUGCUUUCCUUGCCUGAUAACGUCGAUCCAGCUGGAGAAUGGACUUAUUCGCAAGGAGUUCUGAAGAUAGACUUCAAGAUCAAAAAUAGUUUCGAAAACUCCAAUGUUGUUUGGCAUUCAGUGAUAAGUGUAGACAAUAAUAAUAUAUACGGGCACAAUGUGGGGCAAGCCGAAGUGCAACAUGAGAAUAAUGAUCAGAUGUACACAAACGUGAAACACUAA